GUAGUGCAGUGCUUUGAAGAGUCUACAAUACAUCAGCAAUGCCUGAGAACAUUUACGAAGAUGUGAACCACAUUAUGGAGCUUCAGUGUUCCGAGGAUGCGUAUGUGAAUAUUUUUGCGAAUGCCGAUGCUCUUAAAUAUCACAAUACCAACACUGAAAGGGAGAACAGCAAAACAACGAAGAACCCGCAAGUUCAACACACAGGAAACAACUCUACCUGGAAAAGAUGUUACACAGUGACUGCAGUGUGUGUGGGGCUGCUGUGUGUUCUCCUGCUGACCGCCAUAAUAGUGCUGUCAAUCAAACUGAGCAAACAGAAUACAGAAUACAACAACCAGACAAUAGAGACAAACCAGUUACAGACCAGAUACAACAACCAGACAAUAGAGACAAACCAGUUACAGAAACAGAAAGAUUCAUUUCAGAAGAAAUUGACCAGUGUGGGAUGGACUUUGUUUCAGUCCAGCCUUUACUAUAUCUCAACUGAGAUGAAGAACUGGACUGAAAGCAAAGAGGACUGCAGAAAAAGAGGAGCAGACCUGGUGAUCAUAAACAGCAAAGAGGAACAGACUUUUGUGGAAGAGUUCAACAAGAAGCGUGGUAAUUAUAUUGGUCUGAGUGACCGUGACAAAGAAGGCACUUUUAAAUGGGUGGAUGGAACGGCACUGAACACUUCGUACUGGUCAAGUGGAAAUCUCUUUUCAGAUUUGGAUGACUGUGUUGUAGCUGGGCUUAACGGAUCUAAAGGAUGGUUUGACAGACCUUGCAGCGAAACGUACUACUGGAUCUGUGAAUAAAUUUCUCAGAUAUCAACAUUAGACUAUCAUUACUUACAAUUACACAUAUAGCAACUGUAACCAUACUAUUCAGUAACAACUAUAUAAUCUCCUUUGAAUAAAAAAAAAAUAAAGUCAGAUCCAGUUCAGAAUUAUUUUAUAUGUUAAAAAAAGACAUUAUGAUUAAAUGUAUGGGAGAAAUGUAACAUUUAAAUGGAAUUAAAUUCAUUUUAAUGAAAUAAAAUAAUAUAUACUGUAUAUUUUAACAAAAUAAUGACCAGCACCCGAUGAAGAUUUUAUAAUAUAAAGUUGAGUCCAUAUUCUCUCAACAUACAGAAGAAUAAAGAGAUAAAACAUAAAAUAUUUUGGCAUUCAUAAUUCAGACAAUAACUAAAAAAACAAGUGCUCUGAAAACGCUUUGACAUCUGGCUUUGAAAAGUACAACUUUGCCACUGGUUAUAUUUCUAAUGCAUGUACAUUUUUUUGUUUGUGUUUGCAUAUUCAUAUGUUACAUUUCAUAUGCAGGUUUAAAAUUUAUGUUGGGGAGUUUUACAGCAAAAUAUGGUGUAUACACAGUACAAAACAUCAAUUUGCAUAUGUGCUGAUGGUGAAUGGUUUUAUUUACAUACUCGUGAAUAAAAUAAUAAAUAAGUGGU